GUCACUGGUGCCUCUUCUGGCAUGGGUCGCGCCAUGACCGAGCGCGUCCUCUCCGAAGGCGACAUCGCGGUCGCCACCCUCCGCAAGCCCCAAGUCCUGUCCUCCCUCUCCGAGCAGUAUCCCGCCUCCCAGCUGCUCGUGCUCAAGCUCGACGUCACCCAGCCACAAGAGAUUUCUGCCGCGUUCGAAGCCGCCACCGGCGCGUUCGGCCGCGUCGACGUCGUGUUCAGCAAUGCCGGAUACGCCAUCCUCGGCGAGGUCGAGAGCGUUCCCGACGCGGAGGCCCGCCGCCUCUUUGAUACUAAUUUCUGGGGCGCUAUGAACGUCGCUCGCGAAGCCGUGCGGCAGUUCCGUGAGGUGAACAAGCCCAUAGGCGGGAGGCUUAUCACCAUCGUCAGCGCGCUUGGGGUUGCGACCAGCCCUGCGUUUGCGUAUUACAGCGCCAGCAAGCAUGCGCUGGAAAGCGGUCUCGAAUGUCUCUCCAAGGUUCGUGCUCCCGCAUCAAUCCUCGUCCAUCCUGAUGAUCUCACACUGUACUUCCAGGAAUUGAAUCCAGCGUGGAACAUCAAGAUGACCAACAUCCUCCCGGGUGGCUUCGCGACGCGCGGCGCGCAGCCCGAGUCGCUCGUCCAGACGCCUCCGCACCCGGCCUACAGCUACCCCGACUCGGCCGUCCAACAGCUCCGCGUGUACAUCCCCAACGCGCCUCUCCCGGGGGACACCGUCAAAGCGAUGAAGAUGAUUUACCACAAGCUUUCGAAGGACCCGAACCCGCCGCUGCGCGUGCCGCUGGGCAAAGACGCGGUCACGGGCUUCCGAGCGAGAGGAAAGCUCCUGCUGGACGACGCGACGAGCACUGAGGUGCUUUCGGAGGAUUUGCUCAUUGAGGGGAAGGAGCUCAUGACUAAUUUGGAUGAGCACGAUGCGUGCGAUGCUGGUGAACUAUCGUGCAGGCACAAAUCACUUCGAACGGCUUCCCUGUACCAGUGUAGGCAGCGGCUGCGGCCUCUUUGCACAUCAAUGUAUUUGGAUGGCGUUGCUGAUACGUCUCUACAGCCUCAGCUCAUAGACACGCCCAUAUGCAUCCCAUUGGCUUCGGCGGCUCCGAUGUACUCAUGUAACACGUUUGACGAACCUGAGCCGCUCAAUGUGUACGCACUCCCGUCUCGUUCCCUCGCACCCUCUGAUUUCCAUCAACAGUGCGACUCACUGAACGGACUCUUCCCUUCCAACGUAUACUAUCCGAACAGCACCGUCUACGCGCAGGAAGAGUCCACGUACUACUCUUUGCAGCAGGCCGAGCAGGUCCCCGCAUGCCGGGUUGUGCCAACGAGUGCAGAAGAUGUCGCCAAAGUGGUGCAACUGGCUACGGAGAAUGAGUGCAUCUUCGCAGUGCGCUCUGGAGGGCAUAUGAACUGGAAGGGCUCCUCGAAUGUCGGCCCUGCGGGAUUUACGAUCGAUCUGCAGCAGCUCAACCAGCUUUCGCUCUCGUCCGAUCAUAGCACGCUCUCUAUUGGCCCGGGUAACCCUUGGGCGGAUGUGUACGAGUUUAUAGCUCCGCUGAACUUGACUGUGACGGGAGGCAGAGCUUCUACCGUCGGCGUGGGCGGCUUCCUCAUGGGCGGUGGCAUAAGCUUCUUCAGUUAUCAAUAUGGCCUCGGAGCCGGGUACAUCACGCAGUACGAGAUCGCCCUCGCCAAUGGGACUCUCGUGAAUGCAUCCAGCGAAGACAAUGCUCCCCUUCACUGGGCACUUGCCUUAGGCUCUACCAACUUCGGUGUCGUGACGCAAUUUACAAUGGAAACGUUUGCUCUCGACGGCAUGUGGGGAGGCACUUUGUCUCUCGACAUACAGCAAGCGCCGGCAGUCAUGGAUUACUUCCUGACGUUCAUCAACAAGCUUGUGGACGAUCCCAAGGGCCUCUCUGCAAUUACCAUGGCAUGGAACCCAACUGCGCAGGACUAUGAUAUGUUCCUCUCGAUUGCAUAUCUGGAGCCUGUCAGCUAUCCGCCUCUCUUUUCCGGUCUGGAGCAGUUUACUUCCAAUGCGACGGAGAACACGCUCGAAAUCACCAACCUGACGGCCAUCACUGCAGCGUUCGCCGCCGGGGACCCGUCUGGGACUCGUACCGCGUGGUGGACGCUGACAUUUGAGGCAGAUAAACAGCUUGUCCUGGAUGUUCAGCAGUACGGCCAAGAGCUGUUCUCGGACCUGGUUGCGGUGAACGGGACGGCUUGGAGUCUGAAUAUUCAGCCUAUCAAUAACCAAAUGAUUACCGCGACGCAGGCAGCGCAUAAUCCGGCUGGUUUGCAGGGAAGCAAUCUCUUCUUGAUUCUUCAAGAAGUGACCUGGGAGGAUGCUACUCUAGAUGAAGUGAUCGAAGACCGAUCAAGAGACUACCUGGCAUGGGCAGAAGCCCUUGCGCGCGAACGCGGGCUCCUCAACCGCUUCCUGUAUCUGAACUAUGCAGAUGGAAGUCAGCCGGUCUAUGCUCAGAUUGGUCUCGACAACCUAGAGAAGCUUCAAGCAGUCAAGAGUGCCUACGAUCCGGAUAAUGCGCUGGGCAGAUUGUGGCAUGGAGGAUUUAAGUUCUGA